UGAGCAUGUGAUCAAGUUUCCUAAAUAGGAUGUACAGAGUCACUUCUGGUUGGCCAAUCAAAUGCAUCCUUGUCUCUGAAGAGUGGAGACAAAAUGCAGAUUCUUUCCAUUCAGCACGACAAUUUGAACACGAUGACAUCUCCAAAGUUUCUCUUCUAUCUGAUGUGUUUGUUCUUCAGAAAAGUUGCUCAGACGACUGAUCCAAAAUUCUCCUCAUCUCUUCAUCAACCGAGUAGUUUUGUAUCAGCUAAAACUGGGGAUGACUUCACUUUGAGAUGUUUCUAUGAAGGUGAUGUUGCUUCAAGGUUUUACUGGUAUAAGCAAACUCUGGGACAGAAACCACGGCUCAUCUCUACUUACUACAAGUAUGAAAGAAAUGGAAUAUUUCAUGAUGAAUACAAAAACAAUCCACGCUUCACAUUGGAUACUGAAACAGGUAAAUAUCACUUGAAGAUCACAGAUUUGCGCGUUUCAGACUCAGCUACCUACUACUGUGCAAGUUAUUCAUUAUCUAUUGAAUUUGCGGAGGGAACCUUAGUCAAUGUAGAAGGUUCAGGUUUGAAGGUCUCAGCUACGGUCCAUCAGUCAGCAUCUGAGAGCAUCCAGCCAGGAGGCUCGGUGACUCUGAACUGUACAGUACACACUGGGACCUGUGAUGGAGAACACAGUGUUUACUGGUUCAAGAAGUCGGAGGAAUCUCAGCCAGGACUCAUUUACACCCAUGGAGGCAGGAAUGAUCAGUGUGAGAGGAAACCCAACACACAAACACACACCUGUGUCUACAACCUGCCGAUGAAGAGUCUGAAUCUUCCUCAUGCUGGGACCUACUACUGUGCUGUUGCCUCAUGUGGACACAUUCUGUUUGGAAACGGGACCAAGCUGGAGUUUGAAGAUGAGGUGAACUCUCUUGUCUUGGUGUAUUUCUUGAGUGGUGCUUUGGCAUUCACCACCAUCCUGAGUGUUUUACUGGCUUUUUUUCUGUACAUUAUGAACAAGAGAAACAGCUGCCAAUGUACAGGGUCCCACGCAAGAGUUUCCGCAUCCUCAACAAUGAAUGCAGAGGGUUACAAAAAUGAGGAAAAUCUCCAUUACGCCGCUUUGAGGGUAAACAAGGAAAGCAGAUCGAGAAGACAGAGGGACGACACAGAGGAUGAAUGUGUGUACUCUGGUACAAAACAAUAAAAAUGGACAUGUCUUCAUCUUUUAAAAAAAAGUGUUUUGUAAUUUGGCUUUUCUUGAAACAGGAAAACAAAAUGUUUACAUUAUUUUACCUAUACAUGUAUGAUGUAAGGGUUUUACCUUGUAAUAAACCAACAGAAGCCAAAAUAAGGUUUUUGUAAUGACAAUGUAUCAAGUACAAUGAUUUCCACUGUGUCUGUCCCAGUGGUUUGUAAUAACCUUACAUAUUAGGUUCUGGUGCUGUUCUUAGCAUAGGGAACAACCCAAACCAUCUGAGAGGUAAAUCAUGAUGGCAUUUUGUUGUCUUACGUUUAUUCAUAUAGCACCUAAUACAUGCAGUUACAAAGUACUUCACAGGCCUAAUAAAUUAAUAGGUUAAAACCCAAUGAUCCUCAAUAAAAAUCUCAAUAAAUCACAAAGGCAAGGAAUAUCAAAAUACAGAGUAAUACAGUCAACAAUGUGGCUAAUUGAAAGCUUGACUAAAAAGAUGUGUCUUUUGGUAAGCUCUGAUACCUUUAGCUUUCAGCUUUGUACGGUGAACAGCCAGUAAGCCCUGAUCUGAGGACCUCAAAGACCUGAACACUUAAGGGUACAGCAGGUCUCCAAAGCAGGCAGGUGCCGGAUCACGGAGGGCUCUGUAUGUGAUGACAAGAACUAGUUGAUUGAGUGAUUGUGUUGAUUGCGUGCCACAAACCCAAACUCUUUUUGUUUCCAUGUGGUCGGCCGUGUCAUGGAAAAAUCUCUCUAUGGUUUUGUAAGGUUUUGUUCUGAACUACUGGGACAUAUUGAGCUUGAGA